AUGUCACAUUUGACUCCGCGGGCGGCGGGCGUCUUUGUCGGAUCCACCCUUGGAUCUCCCAACGAGAAACCGUUCAAGCAGUUAUGGCGCGAGCUAUCCAAGGCAGGAUGGAAAGCGAGGAAGCCUAAAGGACUGAGUGCGGACUUCACGUACGUGAUGCCCAGUGUGACUGGCCGCUUGGAUGCAGAGAAGCGCGGAGUUAAAUACUUCGUUGGCGAACAAGAACUCAUGACAUUUGGACGUCGUCAGGAGUUGCUGGAGCUCUCACCUUUGCCAUCACUCCCAGCAAGGAUCCCCAUGGGAAAGAAUGCGGCGUUGGCUCGCCGUCGUGCGCCGGUUGAAGAAGUGCUGCCAGCGGAAGAACAAGCGGCACCAACUUUGGAGGUGACGCCUACUCCUCCAACUCCUCCUUCGAGUUUCCCUCCGCGUACUUCAGCUUCUACACCGCCGACUCAAGCAAGUCAAGCAAUUCAGCCAGAUACAGAGCAAGAAGGUGGGAGCACCACUACUAGUAUGGAGGAUCCGGAAUACGAUGUACGCUCGGGUCAUGAACGUGCCGACGAGUCGAAGAGUGAAAGAGACGAUUUCAACGGGAUUGAUGAGUUUGAUGGAGAGAACUUCAUGGAUGCGCUACGUGGGGAGAAGCUGUUCGGGUCAGUCGCUGUAGAUGAUGUGAAUCUGUGCGAUGAAGCCGAAGAUGACAACGCCCUGAUUGGUUGUGACUUCGAUGAUGAGCUGGAUGUGCCUGUGUCGCCACGAGAGGCCUACGAAAGCGAAGUCCUUUAA